GUGCCCAGUUUCUCAAAAGCAGUCUUCACUUUCUCCCUUCCGCCUUCGACUCUGGAAACCGAUAUUAUGGAGACCAAGCGAAUCGUACUUGGCCGCAUUCAUGCUUCUGAUCCAGACGAGGAAACGUUCCAGUCUCGAGCCGAUCAAGCAUACAAGACGGUUGUAUUCAGUCUCACUUUCGCCGAUCCCAAGUCUCCACUUCUCGAGCACAUUGAUCUAGAUCACCAUAGCGGCGAAUUAGCUAUUUCCAGCAUGGGAUUAAAGAACUGGAAAAGCUUGUACAUAAAUGGAUCCGCUCAAUUCAUAUUCGAAGUGAAAGUUUCCGACGUGCCUCUGACCUCUAACGACAUAAUUUGGCCCACGGCUCUAAUCCUCAUCGACCUGGCACCGGUUUCUGCCUCCCUCUCGAAUAUUUCAAAAGAUGACGACAUAAUACGAAUAGAAGUUUCCAAAGCAAAUUCUGGGAUCCAGCUGAUACAUACUUUCGAUUGCCCUAUUGUCAAUAAGCUAGACGUGCAAUGGCCAAUUGAAUUUAAUUUGUCACUGACCGAAAGUAAUUCUCUCAACACUUGUCUGUUAAAGGACUCUUUGAAACUCCGGUUUGAGUCUCGCAUGUAUAAACUGUGCAUUGAGAAGCCAGCUCUAAAGAAAGCUCCCAACGGCUAA